UUGAAACAUGUGGGAAAUCUGCAACAGUUGUAAUAAUAAUCAGCAUUAGUGAUCAUUAGUGAGCAGGUGUGUUGGCAGGAAGUCUACAAAAACACUGCUGCUCCCUCUGUCCCAGCGUUUGGGUGCGCACAGAGAAACUCUUAUUUGCAAUGCAUUUGAAACAAAAAGGAUACUGCUUCGGUGUCCUCCUCCUUUACACUAUCACAACAAUAACUCUACCUUCAGUGAGCUGGUGUGAGCCUAAUCUUUAUUACUCCCGACCAAACUCUCACUUGACUCGUCACAAUGACAGGAACGGCGUUUUAAAGACGAAAGUCCUCCUCACUCAUCCCUUUAUCAGAGAGGCCCGAAGGCGGCUACACCUCGACUCAAGGCAGGGAGGAGAGUCGCGAGGUCUCCCACACCUUCACAACUUGGAAAGCAGGGACGGGACACAGACCGAAACCUCCGGAGGGAAGCCCGAACAGGCACUCAAACCCACAAUGGCGUCUACUUCAACUGACAAACGCGUCAAAAACCGUAACAAACAGAACCAAACAGAGGGGGAGUGGAUGUAUACCUCCCUUAACCCUUCAAACGAAGACUGUAGCAAGGGGGAAAUUAAACAGGUCAUCUACGGCGAGGUUUACGUCACUACUCACUUUGAAACACAUGCUCCUAACGUGGGCUACCUGUCCGAUUCUGCUGUUUCAGUCCAGGCUCGGGGAGGCCAGGAGAGGGUCAGAGGUCAGCGGCUCAGCGGCUCAGAGCCGAGCUGGCAGAGGCUGCGGCCUGUGGUGGAGUGUGGAGACGACGCCAUGACUCUCACUGUCAGGAGGAGACGAGCUGUACAGCUACUGCUGGACCGGGUGAAUGAGUCAUCCGUGCCCCUGUCCCAGCUGCCGCCUCAGUGCGGCUACUCGGUUCAGACCACAUGGAGAGACCUCAGUCUGAUGGCUCGGUAUGAUGCCUGCCACGUCACGCAGGAGGAUGACCGCUAUGUGUUGCCUCUGCUGUGGAGGGGGACUCCAGUCAAGAUGUCCUGCCCAGCCUCUCAGAACCAGCCUGAGGCCGUGGGCCCGUCCUCCCUCUGCUGCUCCCCGUAUGGCAUGACCGUCAACAUGCAGGGACUGUCUGCUGCAGAGGAGCUGAGGGUAAAUGUCAGAGGGGAAUGGACUCCUUUGGUGGCGUUGGCCGAGCAGUGUGGCUACACUUUGGACAGACAAGACGCAGAGAUUGUUAUCGCCGCUCCAUUUGUUACGUGUGGCAUCACAGUCAAGGAUGGAAAAUACACCCUUUCCCUUCAAAUAGGGGAGAAGACGUUCACACUGGCCUGUCCCGUCUCUCCCCCUGAAGAACUCCCACUAACCCAUCAGCCUCUGGUCAGCAGGCCUCGUCAUCUAACCAGAGGGCCAACAGAGCAUGUGGAGCCUUUUCCAUGGGCUCCACCUUUCUACCUGGCCCCUCCAUACUAUCCUCACCCUACAUAUCACCACAAGUAUUCUAGUCCCAAUGGACGUGAAGCAUAUAACCCUCCUACUCCCUCAUCUUCAACUCCUGACCCUACAUUUGGCCCACAGCCUCUCCCUCCUGUUGAUCCCCAGCCAGACUAUCAGGACUACUACUCCCAUCAAAUUCCUGUGAGGGAGUCUUAUAAACAUUUCGGUGAGCACAGUUCUCUGUCCUCUACAGAUGAUCUGGAGGAAUCAGGUCGGGUGUAUCCAGAUCUGCAGCAAAAGCAAGAAACUCGUGUCUUAAGUCUCUCUGAGAAGCACAGUGCUACACGUUCUCCCUCCUCAGACGCAGGCUUUCCGAUUCCAGCUGAAGCGCCUCCUCUCCAUCCCUUCAGUCAAUACUAUCACUACUACCAUCACCCUAAAAUCCCUCUUCCUGGCCCACCUCAAGACCCUGAUCCAGGCCCUGAGAUUCCUAGAGAACUGUCUUUAACUAAUCCUCAUAACCCUGAAUUUCCAGUGUUGCCCCCCAGAGAGGCUCUCAGCAGAGUUAACUCAGACCAGUUCUUUCAGCCUGUGCCUGAGGCUGCCUCUAAUCCUUACACCCUUCCAACAAGUGCUGAAUUUGUUCACAAAGCCUCUGCACCAUAUACACCUUAUCCCCCACAGCCCUAUCCAUACCGCUACUUCUAUUACUUUCCAAAUAUUGCUAUGGGCGAGGCCACAAGUUCGGCUCCUCUCAGCCCCGAUGGGGCUGCGAAAACAAAUUUGUCUGACUAUCAAAAUUCAAAGUUGAGCGCCUUUGUUCAUCCACUCCAUCACUCAUCAGAAGCUCAUGACAAAUACAACUUAAAUCCUUACAUGGAUCAGCCAAAGCCAGAUACAACUAAUUUAAAAAAAAAUAGCCCAGAAUGGAUCAAACAUCUGCUUUUGUCUGAUGACGAUGAUGUAAAAGCAGAGCUGGGUGACCAAAAGAGCCAUUCUGCAGUCCAGCCUCCCCUCCCACCCGGUUACCCUCCUGGACCGGAGGCUGUUAGAGUUCCUCCUCCUGAACAACCCUCUUCCCCCACUCCAUCACCCAACCAUAAUCCUCCUCCUUACCCAUACUACUACCACCCUUAUUAUCUCUACUAUCAAAUGUAUUAUGGACCUGAGAGUUUACGCAGCGCUGACAAUCGCGUGUCUCCAACUUCUUCCAAAGAAGCUUUAGACCCUCUGCUUCGAGCAUCUUCCUCCCCACCACAGCAUCAAUCCUAUAGCAAACAUCAAACCACUCCUUCACCCACAAAAACAAUGUAUGAUGUUCACAAUGGCCCCCUACAUCCUUAUUACUAUUAUUACCACCUCUACUACCAGCCAAAAGUGUCUGUAGCCAACCAGGAACUUCAUCCUGCAGGCAGUAUGAACUCUGACAAAGAAUCCUCAAAAUCAGAAUCUCAGCUUCCCUCAGACUCUGACUACAGCACGAUGGACUGGCUGGUUCAUGCUGCCGAGGCAGGAUAUCCCAGCAUCCCUCAGCCACUGCACAGUUCCUUUCAUAGCCUAUAUUCCCAUUACAUCACUCAGCAACAUUUAUAUGAUCCUUUUGGGCAUCCUGAUGAUGAAGAAGCAGAAGAAAGGCUGGAUGAAGAAAUGACAGAUCACCUCGAGGCCAACCCGUACACUCCCUCUGCCUCACCCUGCCUUGGCCCUGUGUCACAUUUUGACUGCAGCGUCGCUUUGGGCUGCUGUUCAUACCCUGUGAACGACUGUACAGUGGGACAGCAUUUAAUCUUUGUGAUGCCUGACUCUGUGGUGGAGUCCACAGUGGCCCCCCCUGCUCAUCCCUCUGAGGUCAGUAAUGUGUUCUGCACACUGCAGAAGCUGACCUCUGACCCUGACAUCUACAUUGUCCCCCUGGAUGGCCGCGGGGUAAACAAACACGUGUCUGGUCAGACAGUGGUUCAUCUGUUGGAAGUCUAUGAUGCCCAUUCUCCUCAACAAGACCACAGUUAUGUGCAUGAUUACUCUCCUGUCAGGUUGAUGGUGGGAUGUCGUUCCUCCCCGGGUUCUCCAGGUGAAGUGAGGCCCACUGUCACUGUGCACCUGAGACUUGCCACAGAUGAGUCCUUCACCAGCUUCCACCCUGAGGCUCACCUGCCUCUCUGCCUCAUACGAGGCAGACCAGUUUAUGUGGAGGUGAGCCUGCUGGACCCCCCAGAGCCUGGCCUGGUGCUGCUGGUUCACUCGUGCCUGGCUUACACUCAAGCUCCAUAUACCAGCUGGAUGCUCGUUUAUGAUGGCUGUCCCAGCCGGGGUGAUUCACAGCAGCUUCCUUCCCCACACUCUGACCCCCACCACACCCGGCGCAUCAUAAUUUCCAGCUUCCUGUCUCUGCCUUCAGAAAGUCCCUCCUACAUGGCUAAAGGAGAAUACUCUCACCUGGAGGACCUAGAGAUCUACUUUUUGUGCUUGACAGAAGUGUGCUCAGCUGCAGAUGGUGACUGCACUGUAGGCUGCAUCAACAGUAAGUUCAACACAGUGGAAACAUAAAGGAGAAACUGAGGAGAGGUCCAGUACUUUAUUAGGAGGCUAACAAGUACAAUUUGAAGACUUGUGGGUUCCAAAGGAAGAACAUAAAUUAUUAAUCAGUGAUUCACUGAGCAUUUGCUACACAAACACUGCAAAUGGAUUCCUUUUGAAUGCACUAAAUGUAGUGUGGCUGCAUGGUUUUCGUUCCCAUUACCCAAUUAAGUCUUAUUUUUCACUUUGCAUUACAUAAUUCCAAAGAGCUUCACAAACAACAUGGCCUGCUAAAAGCCAAUAUCACAGUAUACCACAAAUUCAACACAAAUAAGGCUACAGAAGAAGCAAAUGGGUGAAAACAUAUGACAACAUAUGGGUAAAAAUGUGAUUUAUCAGCUUUGGCCUCUGUCAGUCUUAACUUCUUUUUUCCUCAUAGGUCCCAACAGUGAUGUGUGAGCAAUGAAAUAAAGACACUUUCACACAACUGCAUUCUUGUUUUGUUUUAUGGAAAUAACAAGUACAAGAGUCUCAGUGAAGAAGAGGGGAAACGCCCUCUGUGGAAUAUUUAUUUCAAAAAUUGUGAACAAUAGUGCAAAGUAAUAGUAGUACAAAGAAGGGGGGAGGGGGCAACUCAAGGCAUUUGGCUGUUUCCGUUCUAAA